AUGGUGCAACGUGGAAACCCCCAAGACCUGCUACAGUUGAUCAGGGUCCGGCAUGGUGACGUUGUACCUCACGCAAUCAUCCAAGCAAAGCUGAAGUCGGUUGCGGUGGCCAACCCUGAGCUAGCCGACUCCGUCGAGGCCAUUCUGGCCUACGAGUACAAGAAGCGAUCCACCGGGGACGACGUUGUCCAGGCCAAGCUCAAGAGCGUCGCCGUGGCCAACCCGGAGCUCGCCGACUCCGUCGAGGCCAUUCUGGCCUACUAA